AUGAACACCAAGGACUUACCGGGUUACGAGCAGACCUUGCCCGUGCUGUCUCGGCCACCGGCUGCUUGGGCCGAUCCGAUCCACUCGCCCUACGCUGCCAUCCACUUCGAUCCCAUACCUGUGCAGCCCGUGACCUCACAGACUCCUCUAGCUCCUCCAGCCCUUCCAGCUCCGGCUCUUCCAACGCCUUCUUCCACAGCCCCCAGUCGCAAAACAACCAGGGUACGCAAACCCCGUAAAAAUACCAAUGUAUCCGCGGGGAAAUCGACGUUGUUCUGGGUCAACAGUGAUCAGCAGACUGCAGCGGCAGGCACAACGGACGAGACCCUGAAGCGGAUUCGGUCUCAUGUUAUGUCCGAGCAUAAUCGCAAGAAGCGAAUGGAGAGCACAGAAAAAUACAAUAAGAGCAAAUGGAAGCACGCGCCUUAUCGGCCACCGACGACGAAUGCUGGGGCACUCGUACCAGCUGAGCCCGUCCGUCCGUCUAUUAGCUCGUCUGCCAGCUUGUCCGGCAGUCAAAUCUCAGAUGAACAAGAGCUAGAACAGGUCGAGGAGCUUGUUACAUCGACAGCCGUGGGAUACCCUGCCACCCAAACUGCAACAUGGGAUGACUGCGACUGUGGCGGGACGAUGGUUUACCCCGCUGGACCGUCUGCAUGGUCUUACGUGGGGCAAGGAGCUAAUGAUCCUUUUCAUACUGGACAUACGCAGCUCACAGAUAGAAUGAUGCGACACCUGCGAGUCUUCCUUUGGGAUCUGACACAAGAAGCACAUCCGUUGCAAACGCGAUACAAGCCCAAACUGCAGGCACAUUGGGCGUCCUUGAUUCAGCAGGAUCCAGCCAUUCUGCAUGCCACAAUUUGUAUGGCUACUUCCAAUGAUGCUAUGCGUGCAGGCGAACUACCCAUCCGAGAUCCAAAUCAAAAGCGGAGUCAGUUGGUGAUCGACACGUUCCACCAUCGUGGUGAGACUAUUCGAUUGGUCAACGAGGGUCUAUCAGACCCGGUCAAGGCUUCCAGUGAUGUUUUGAUUGCUGCCGUUUCUACCUUAUUGACAAUUGAAAUCGCGUCGGGGAAUCCUGAUUAUCUCAAAAUCCAUUUGGCGGGUUUGCGACAGAUGAUCGCAUUGCGAAAGAACUUUGACGAUGUUCCUUCAGACGUCCGGUUCCAGAUCUCAUGGACCGAUAUCCGAGUUGCUUGCAUGGCCCACGCCAAACCCAUAUUCCCCUUUAUCCGCUACACCCGCCCAGCGCGGUUCUCUCUCAUCCCGCCCAACGACGACGUAGCAUUACUUUCCACCCGCCUCUUCCCUCUACUCAAAAUACCCGGCAUCUUCGGCGAAGCUAUGCCGCAAAUAGUAUAUGAUCUCCUCGAACUAUCCUGGUAUGCAGAAUGGAUCAAAGGCAACACCGGGUACAAAGAGUUCAACGAGGAGACCGAGGACUACUUCAACACGGAAGUGCUGCACGUAGAAUACCAACUGCACACAGACCGAUAUACAGCAACAGGCCAGGAAAAGGGCGAUAACUCCAUCGAGGGCUGCACCCGUCUCGCUUUACUGCUGUUCCACAACAGUGCCAUCUGGAACUUCUAUCCAAUGAUCGGCCAAUUGCUACCCAAGCCGAUCCAGGCUCUGCGCAUUGCCCUCGAGGCAACUAUUCCCUCGGGCUUAUUCGCGCUCUGUCGCGACCUACUCAUCUGGCAGCUUUUCAUGGGCGCGGCUUGCAGUCUAACCCUGCCGUCAGAGCGGGCCUUCUUUGUAGCUGAACUGGGCAAUGCUGCGCGACUGCAAGGACUCCAGUCGUGGCAGGAGGUCCGUGCUAUCUUGCUGGGCUUUUUCUAUGUCGACCGCAUUCACCUGCCUAUGCUUCGUCAGAUUUGGGACGAGUGUCAUUUGCAGGUAUAA